GAGAUUGCGAGCGCCCAGUGCGUGCACGAUGGCUGACCGCGGCGCCCGGUGCCUGCUCCCGCUGCUGCUGCUCCUAGCGGCGACCCCGGGAGGCUCAGGCGCCGCCCUCAACUCCUCGUGGUGGCCGUGCCAGCAAGUCGCCCCGCAGCGUGACGUCCAGCUCCAGCAGGUUCUGGGCGAGUGGUACUUGGUGGAGGACAUCUCGCAGAUUGGCAGCAAUGCCCACUACAACAUGUGCGUGAGCAUGAAUUUGGAGCAGCGCGCCGCGGGAGCAGAGCUGGUCAUGGUGGGCAAGGAGAAGCCCUUGGGAGGGCAGGCGAACUACCAGAACAACACAGUGCUGCUUUCCGACCGUGCCGGCCAGCAGGGGCUGUGGGAAAUUCCCGGUAAGCCUUCCGCUACUAACCGAACGUCGGGAUGGUGGCCGCCGUGGUGUACCUGCAGAGAGACGUUCUCGCGCUGGCACACUGCUACCCCCAGCUGCUGCUCUCGUGGACCGCGGUGUUCGCCCGCGAGCCCCACAUCACGCCCGAGUCGCUGCACGCCGUCAACCGAGCCCUAGAGGAGGCCGGGGUGCCAGAAAUGUCCACCGCGCGGCUGUGGGACCUGACGUGCUGCCAGCCCGGGGACUAGCCGGCGAUGCGCCACUCUGCUCUACUACCUGUUUCCUCCUUCGGAACUUUUCUAUCCAUCUUGAAGUAGACUUGCAGCACAUGUGCAUCUGUUUUAGUUUAAUGACUGGCUCAUAAUUGUCCUGACACACCUGGGACGACACUGAACUAGUAAUAAACAAGAAAAAAAGUGUCGACCCAGUGCACACGCAAUCCAGCCCAAAUGAUGAAAGUCUCUGUCUUUUCUAUCGUCCAAUUAGCUCUCUAAAAUGGAGUAAGCUUUUCUGUUAGCUUACAUAUUGUUGGAAACAUGUUCUUUUGGGGAGCUGUAAAUGAUCCGCUUAAUUUAUUGAUAACUGGUAAUCAUUGGCAAACAGUUGAAGAGAGGCGUGUCAAAAUAACUGUGGCCCAAUCAUUAACUCGAUGGAAUUUUAACUUGCGGCCAAAUAAAUCUGCAGAAUUCCCGGAUCUCUAUUCAAUAUCAUUUUGUCAUUAUGUUACACAUGAAAAGGUUUUCAUGUGGCCUAGAUAGGAAGGUAGUCAUAUUUUCGGGAUUUGUAAAUUGUGUCAUACUUGUAGGUUCUUUAAUUUACUAUUAUAAUUAUAUGACUAUUAGGUAUGGCUUAUAACAGCUCUGCAUUUCUUUCACAUAUGCGGUCAGAAAAGUAACUCUUAAGCUGUUGGAUAGCACAUGUCUGACAUAACAAGAAUGUUAUUUAUACCAGUUAUAAAGUAUAAAUACGACUGUGUAAGCUAGCAUUGUGGUAAAAUAUAUCGUGAAAUGUUAGCGUCUCUAAAUGUUUAUUGUAUGAUUAAUAUAAAUUAGAACAUUUGUCUCUCACGUAUUUUGAAAAUGCUGAGAAACAAUAUGGGUAGAUAUUGAAAUAGUGUGGGUGGAAAAAUUAAAUCAAAAGCGAUGUGUCUUGAAUACCAAGAAGCACAACAGUAACGAAGCACUCCUUGAAUAUUGCUGUCAAUAUCGUGGGGGAUAAUUCGACUAAGAAUACAAAUGCGUUGUCAGAUCCUGCCAACGGAAAAAAAAACAGUUGGAUGAACAUAUCUGAAACAAUUAUUAGAAAAGCAUUUCAUCUGAAGUCAUGACUUGACGAAUUUCAUGAACUAGGUCUUCUGAUGAGAUUUUAAGUUGAACAGAUCUCAUGCAUUGCGACUGAAUAAGUGAAUUCUCUUGCGAUUUCUGUAGUUUUGGUCAUAAUCAUAUCCUACGAAAUACUCUCAUAAUCAAGUACACUUAUCAACAGAGUUUUGGGAAUCAUUGUUGCAAGUUCGAAUAAUCGAAUAUCCUUAUGUUAUUCAAAGCUGUAUAUAUGAUGACAUUAAAUUUAUUUGUGAAUGAAACGAGUGUUCUCUAAGGGCUUUGCAGGGGUUAGGUGCAGUAUUUGGCUAUUGCUUCUUCAAUGUAACUAUGACAGAAUGCGUGGAAAGUUUCUGUACUACCCUCCUGGUGGUGGGAGACAUAAUGAGCCUUCAGACAGAAAACUGUAUGUUGCGGAUCAGUCGCAUCACACACCAAGUGCUACUGUUCAGCUGUUAUUGGCUGUAAAGAUAACGUGCCUGGUAACUGCCUAAUGCACUUCUGCCAAACAUGAAAUGUAUAAAUUAUAUCAGAAUAAAAAAUAAGUGUGUAAA